AUUGCGUGCAAGGGGAGCUCCACUCUCCGUUAACUCCCUAUAUAUACAAGUAUAUACCCCUGAGAAAAGUUGAAGAAAAUCCGCUGGAAUGGGAAAAGUAAAGGGGAAGCAUCGGUUGGACAAGUACUACCGGUUAGCCAAGGAACACGGGUACCGAUCUCGAGCCUCGUGGAAGCUGGUCCAGCUCGACUCCAAGUUCUCUUUCCUCCGCUCUGCACAUGCCGUCCUCGACCUCUGCGCCGCCCCCGGUGGGUGGAUGCAGGUUGCCGUUCAGCGCGUUCCCGUCGGCAGCUUGGUCCUCGGAAUCGACUUGGUACCCAUUGCCCCCAUUCGCGGAGCUGAAGCUAUGGUGCAGGACAUCACCAAGCCCGAGUGCAAGGCGAAAGUCCAGCGUGUCAUGGAUGAGCAUGGGGUGAAGGCUUUUGAUCUUGUCCUCCACGAUGGCUCCCCUAAUGUGGGUGGCGCCUGGGCCCAGGAGGCAAUGAGCCAGAACGCCUUAGUUAUCGAUUCUGUCAAGCUUGCUACUCAGUUCCUAGCUCCAAAGGGAACGUUUGUUACUAAGGUUUUUAGGUCACAAGACUACAGUUCUGUUCUUUACUGCCUUAAGCAGUUAUUUGAGAAGGUUGAGGUAGAUAAACCAGCUGCCAGUCGUUCAGCGUCUGCAGAAAUAUAUGUUUUGGGUUUAAAAUACAAGGCCCCUGCAAAAAUUGAUCCACGUCUUCUCGAUGUUAAGCAUCUUUUCCAAGGAUCUGUAGAACCACAGAAGAAGGUGGUGGAUGUGCUAAGAGGUACUAAGCAAAAGAGGCACCGUGAUGGUUAUGAGGAUGGUGCCACAAUUUUGAGGAAAGCGACUUCAGCUGCUGAUUUCAUUUGGUCUGAUGCACCACUGGAGAUCCUUGGUUCAGUUACUUCCAUAAGCUUUGACAAUCCAGCUUCUUUACUUAUUAAGGAUCAUAGUCUGACCACAGACGAGGUUAAGGCUCUUUGUGAUGAUCUACGUGUUUUGGCGAAGCAAGACUUCAAAUACAUCUUGAAGUGGCGGAUGCAGAUUAGGAAGGCCCUGUCUCCUUCCCAGAAGUCUACUUCUACUGCUACUGCAAAUCUUGAAACUGAGAUCAAGGAGGAUGAAGAUGUUAGAUUGCUUAACGAAAUGGAAGAGUUAACCUAUGCAAUGGAACGCAAGAAAAAACAGGCAAAAAAGCUUCUUGCAAAAAGACGAGCCAAGGAUAAGGCACGAAAAGCAACGGGGGUACAAAUAGAUGCACUGGAAGAUGGUUAUGUUGACCAUGAGUUGUUUUCCCUAUCGUCCAUCAAGGGGAAGAAAGAUCUGGUUGCUGUUGAUAAUGAUGAGUUUCCUGGUGAGAUGGAUGACGUGAAGGAUAGUGACGAUGAAGAAAACAGGGAGGAACGUCCCAAGGAUUCUUCUAGUGAUAUAGACUCUGAUGUAGAACGCAGAAGGUAUGAUGAACAAAUGGAAAAUAUUCUUGACGAGGCUUAUGAAAGAUUUGUUGCCAAAAAGGAGGGAAGUACAAAGCAGAGGAAGCGUGCAAAACAAGUCUACUCGGAAGAACUCCUGGAGGGUGAUGGUGGUGAUGAUGAUGGUAUGCCUUCAGAUUAUGAUUCAGACAAAGAGCAGGGUGAUUACGAGGUCAAUCCCCUUGUGGUACCACUUGAUGGGGGAGAAGCACCAACUCAAGAGGAGAUCACAGACAAGUGGUUUAGUCAGGAUGUAUUUGUGGAAGCAGUGCGGGGAGGAGAUUUGGAGGACGACAGUGAGGAUGAAAUGCAGGUUGAAAAGCAGGAGGGAAGACUUCCCAUCCCUGGAAAAAAGGACAGGACUGAGAAACCUGCUCCGGUGCCCAUCCACACUCUAGCCAAAGCUUCCAAGGUGGAAGAUGAUUUUGAAAUAGUCCCUGCUCCAGCUACAGAUUCGAGUGCUGAGUCGUCCUCAGAUGACUCUGAGGAAGAUGCGGAUGCGAAGGCUGAGAUAUUGGCUUGCGCAAAGAAAAUGUUGAGGAAAAAGCAAAGAGAGGAGAUACUCGAUGAUGCUUACAGCAAGUACAUGUUUGACGACGAGGGCCUACCAAAGUGGUUUCUGGAGGAAGAAAGGAGGCAUAGGCAACCAGUCAAACGUGUUACAAAAGAGGAGAUAGCUGCAAUGAGAGCACAAUUCAAAGAAAUCAAUGCCAGGCCUGCAAAGAAAGUGGCUGAGGCCAAAGCCCGCAAGAAGCGUGCAGCCAUGAGGAAGCUCGAGAAAGUUCGGAAGAAAGCAAACAGUAUAUCAGACCAAGCAGACAUAUCAGAUCCUUCAAAGAGGAAAUUAAUUGAGCAACUCUAUAAGAAGGCAACGCCCAGAAGGCCACAAAAGGAAUAUGUGGUUGCGAAGAAAGGAGUGCAGGUGAAGACUGGCAAGGGAAAAGUCCUUGUAGAUCCUAGGAUGAAAAAGGAUGCUAGGGCACGUGGGAUGGGGAAGCCAGGAAAAGGAGGUAAAAAGGGGAAGAAUGUCAAAGCUCAGAAAGGCAAAGGACAAAUGAAGGCGCGGUCAAAGACGGGAAGGAAGCCCAAGAAAGAGAGGUAGAAGGAAGGCGGAUGCGUAUAUGACUGAGCAGGGGCAUGGCCCUUGUUGUUAUUCUUUUUUAUUUUUUUGUUUGUUAAUUAUUAUUUUUUUUUGUAAUUUACAAAGUAAAUCCUCUUACUAAUUUCUUUCUUUAUUUUUCGAAAAACAAAACGGAAAAAAAUGUUUCCUUUAAAUCCUACCAGAAUUGUACAUUUGUUACAUUUCAGAAUGGGAAUGUCCUUUUUUAUUAGAA